CUCAACUUUUGAACGCCACAAAGUUUGGCAAAACUACAAAGAUGUAGAGAUAAUAAUAACUUAACAACUUUACCAAAACUCAUACCCCCAACACUGUCUAAUUCUAUUAUAAUAAUAAAAGUACCUAUAUAGCUAAUUGAGUACUACUUUUUCUUACCUAAACUUAUGUAGGGAAGCUAUGAGAAACUUCAAAUCAAGAAUAGACACAGCAAAAUAAAACACCAUGACAGAAUCUACAAAAGGCAUUCAUCCUUUGUUGGUGGCCAGCUUUUAAUUUCCCUAGAAAUUUAUUAGUUUCCAAGAACAUAACAAACAAAAAAGGCCCGGAGGAGAAAUCAGCCGUGGAACAGAAUACUCUACAUAAUGAUAUGAUAAGAUGAAUGCAUCAGAUCUAUGUUUGAGACAUAACUUAGGCCUAUCAACCCCGAGAACAACAGGCUGAAUUUCAAAUGAGAACACAAAACUUUAAACUAAACAUUGUAGAUUCUAAUUUUUCACUAAUUGUCUUAUGAAUACUAAUGCUAAACCCUUAUCAUUUCUAGCAAAUCCUAAGUUUUUGUCAUGAACAAUAAAAAUGAAGGUAUCUCACAGAGAGUGAGCCAACCCAUGGUAUCCCAAAACCGAAGGAGGAAACUUUGGGCAUUCUCAUUUAAAAAGAACACCAAAAGGAAACACAUGUUUAUUUUGUGAGACAACUUAUCCUGCUGCCACUCACCAAUACAAACUAAAAAAGCACAUCUCAUGAGAAUAUGUAAAGCAUGGUAAGGCUUAUCCCACCACUGCUAAUGUCACAGUCUGCGCCAGUCAUGACACCUUCCAAAUUGAAAGCUGAAGGAAAGAGCAAAGUACCAACUUGCACGCCACGACGGAGGGAGACAGUGCAAGUGGCACCAGCAAAUCCGACGAUGGCUAAAGGCGAAAGCUUGAUUAGAAAACUCAAAAGCGAAAAUAGGGGUGGUGGGAUCCUGGGACGAAGAGGGGCAACCCGGUCUCCCGAAAACAGGGGCGGAGAGAAUAGUAGGAGAACAUCGAAUGUGGGGUUUCCAAAGGGUAACAUUAGUGCGACAUGCCUGUAAUUCAAACAUGGAGAAUAGAAUACAAAGAACAAAACAAAAAAUGAAACACAACAAAAAAGGAACAAUAAGAAACUGAACAUAAAGGAAUAGAAAAAUGAACCACGAUGGAAAUCAACAACAAAUAAAGCCCGCAAAAGAAAAAGGUUAGAUAAAAUCGACUGAAGGUGAGCGAAUGACAUGCCCACAGUUCAUAGCACCGGAUAUGAACAUCCCGACAACAGAUGAAGUUGUGACUGGUUAGCGAGCCUCCUUUGUCCUUAAUUCCUCUCCAACCAGAAUUGCGAACUAUUCGACGUCAAAAUCGAGCGCGUGGCCCUCUAGCUGGUUCCCCUUUUGCUGUUGCUCGGUUGCCAUUCACUCAGUCUUGGAGAAUAGCGUCGUCGACUAUAUCCAUCAAUAGGGAGCAAUCCAGAACGGGAACUGGAGAAUCCGAGUAGAGAAGGCCCCAAUAGGCGAGGUCACACAAAAGAGAUUUUGAAUUUGCUCACCGACGAACCAAAAUUGGAAUCCCCACCUCUGGCCGUCGCAACUCAGAAACCUAGAUCUUCCCCUUUCGUCGCCUGAUACCCGAGUUUCCUUUGCCGACGAAAAAAACAAAGGAACUGAUGCGAAGGGGAAGAGGAAGGAGCUUUGCCUCUCGAUUUUGUUGUUUUGCAAAUAAAUACAAAUUAAAUGAGAACGUGGGCCUGGAAGGAGAAAAAGGUGGGUAGUGGACAGUUUUUUGGUUCUGAAAUCAGGCGGGACUCCUUUUUUUUUCCGCUUAACACUCUGCCACAUCAGCUUACUAAAAUCACUCUAUGGGCAGGAAAUUUUGAAUGGGGGUGCAGUUUUACUUUUCAGCUAUAAAUUAUACUGUUGAUUGGUUAUAACACUUAUGAUGAUUAGAAAAUAAAGAGAAGAUAAAAAAAAUUGAGAAGGAAAAUAAUCAGAAAGAAAAUUAAAACCCCAAACACAAAAAUGAACAGAACUCCUCUCUCUCAACGUCAAGCAAUUUCUCUCAAUUGUCCAUAGCCUGAGCUUCCACAAUCCCUAAUCCUCGCAAACAAACUCCCACCAUUUUCUCUCUCUGUCUCUCGUUCAAUUUCCCCCGUCUCCCCUUUCCUGGUUUCUCCUUUCUUCUUCUUCUUCUUCUUCUUCCUGUGUUGUUCUUCUGGAUGUCAAACGACGAAAACCCAACACCUUUUUGAUCGGAAACCCCCUUUUGCAGCAAGGAAACUUGGCCCUUUCCCUUCUUCGCUGCCUUCAUUACCAUUCCGCUCGUUUUCUCUUUGUCGGACUCCGGAGCUGCUACGGCUGUGGGAACUUGAAUGAUUUCAUUCCCGAUUCGUCGACCACGCACUUGCAGACCAUUUCCUGGAUUGAUCGUCGUUUCCGUUUUAGGGUUUUGAUAAUCUGACUACCCGUAGUAUAUUUCCAAUUUGGCAAUCGCUAGGGUUGCUUCCGUAUUCCUCUUGAUUUUUCGUCUUUCCAUCUGGGUAGAUUUAAGUAGCUACUUUUUGGUAUUAUCAAUUUUCGGGCACGAAAUUUUCGAUUGCCCCCUCCCAUAAAUUUGUUGCGUUGGGGGUCCAUAUCACUAAGUACCCUAAGGUCACUGGAGAUAGGUUGUGCUAAGUUGUUGCUUUCGUUUCUUCGCUUCGAGGAAACAACUUUUGUACCCUAACACCAUCAAGCAGGAAAGAUUUCUCUUUUGAAGUCUUAAGUGGACGGGUCAGCCACAAUCUACGAGCUCUUGUUUGGUGUCUCUCUUGAUGGUUCUGCUGUUCUGAGUGUUUAUUGGAGGGAGAAAGUUUGGUUUUUGGCCGAUACUAGCUGAAGGUAGACAAAGUGUAACUGCAUGGGCGAGCAUGAAACGGCGCAGUCACAGCCACCUACUGGGCUCUUGCCAAACGGCCUACUUCCUAAUGAAGCGGCCUCCGUGAUGCGAGUGCUUGACUCGGCCAGAUGGUCGAAAGCUGAAGAGAGAACCGCUGAACUCAUAGAGUGCAUUAAGCCCAAUCAACCGUCCGAGAACCAACGUAAUGCCGUUGCUAGUUAUGUGCAGCGGCUUAUUAUGAAGUGCUUUCCUUGUCAGGUCUUCACUUUUGGAUCUGUUCCGCUUAAGACUUAUUUGCCGGAUGGUGAUAUUGACUUGACAGCCUUCAGUAAGAAUCAGGAUUUGAAAGAUACAUGGGCUCAUCAGGUUCGUGAUAUGCUGGAGAAUGAGGAGAAGAAUGAGAAUGCUGAAUUCCAGGUUAAGCAAGUCCAGUAUAUUCAGGCAGAGGUGAAACUUAUUAAGUGCCUUGUGGAGAAUAUUGUAGUAGAUAUAUCAUUCAACCAGCUUGGUGGGCUGUGCACACUCUGUUUCCUUGAAGAGGUUGAUCAUAUGAUAAAAGAUGAUCAUUUAUUCAAGCGAAGCAUUAUCCUUAUAAAGGCCUGGUGUUAUUAUGAGAGCCGUAUAUUGGGUGCUCACCAUGGUCUGAUAUCAACAUAUGCACUGGAAACCCUGGUUCUAUACAUAUUCCAUGUUUUCAACAAAUCGUUUGCUGGACCACUUGAGGUCCUGUAUCGUUUCCUUGAGUUCUUCAGUAAGUUUGAUUGGGAUAACUUCUGUGUCAGCCUUUGGGGUCCAGUACCCAUUGGUUCACUUCCAAAUGUGACAGCCGAACCACCUCGGAAGGAUGAUGGAAAGUUACUGCUUGCCAAAUCAUUUCUUGAUGCCUGUGGCUCGGUAUAUGCAGUUUUCCCGAAUGGCCAAGAAAGUAAUGGCCAGCCUUUUAUCUCCAAACACUUCAAUGUCAUUGAUCCUUUGCGUGCUAACAACAACCUAGGGCGCAGUGUUAAUAAAGGUAACUUCUUCAGGAUUCGUAGUGCAUUUGCUUUUGGGGCAAAGAAGCUUGCUAGGUUACUUGAGUGUGACAUUGAGAACAUACACUUCGAAGUGAAUCAGUUUUUCCAAAAUACCUGGGAAAGACAUGGAACUGGUCAUCGUCCUGAUGCUCCGCUCAAUGGCUUUUGGCGAUUGAGACCGUCAAAUCAUGCUUGCUUGAUUGGCUCAGAGAAGAAUCUCCAAAAUAUUGCGAGUGUCAAAUCUGGAUGUCAAGAAGGUCAAAAUAAUGCAUUGCAUGGGCCCUGUAUUGUACCAUUCCAGCAUGGUAAUCACGCCCUGGAAAGCACAUCGUUGAGUAGUGAUGUUGCCACAGUAUCUCGAACACAAAGUCAAAAGAUGAAUGUAAAGCACAGUUUAAGAACUUCUGAUCAGGUUCGAAGAGAAAUCAGCACAAAUCAUUUUGUUCAUGCCGAAAAGAAUCUGAGCAGUUCUAAACCAGACAGCUUGGUACGCGAUUUACAAGGAAGGUAUCUUUUUGCAAGGACACACUCAAGUCCUGAGCUUACACAUACCAGUAACAAAGUUUCUUCACAAGCAAGGAGUGCUGAAGUUCCAGAAAGUGGAAAAGGCCAGACAACAGCACUUAGUUUUGACAAUAUCAAGAGGCAAGACACUGAACAUGAAAACUUGUCAAGGCAUGACGAUCUUUCAUUACUUAAGUGCAGUUCACCUCACCAGAGUCCUGAUGCUGCUGUAUCCAAUAGUUACCAUGAUGACUCGGUCAUGGGUGGCACACGUGAGGAAUUUUCUUCUGUUCUAGGUAUGCACGGGAUGCAUCAGGAAGAACAAGAUCUUGUCAACAUGAUGGCUUCUUCUAGUAGCCUUGGUUUUAAUGGACAAGUUCAUCUUCCACUGAACUUAGCUUCGGGUCACGUACCCUUCCCUAUACCACCUUCUGCUCUAGCUUCUAUGGGAUAUCUGCCAAGAAAUUUGGGUGGAAUGUUACCCACAAAUAUUCCAUUGAUGGAGUCUCCUUGGGGUGCAAACAUGCAAUUUCCCCAGGGUUUGGUUUCUUCUCAUUUGACCCACUAUUUUCCGACAGUAGGACUGACAUCAAGUCCAGAAGGUUCAGUUGAACAUUCGAAUGAGAAUUUUGGUAAUGUGGAAUCGAACCCUGGGGAGGCUAACAAUGAGUUUUGGCAUGAACAUGAAAGGGUUUCAGUUGGUGGCCAUGAACUUGAUAAUGGAAGUUUUGAGAUGGAAACAUCUGAUGAUAAGCAGCAAUCUACAUCGGGUCGGUAUAACUUUGGUUCAUCUAGAACAGGUGGCUCUGGUAAUACCUCUUCUAGAGUUCAGCCGAAGUUCACAAGGGGAUCCCUGCAUUCAAAUCAGGGUGAACUAGCAGAAAACUUUCUGUACACGGAGAACAAAGGUGAUGAAGUUCUCUUUGAUGAAAGGCUCACAAGUUCAAGUUCGUUUCCUUCUAUGCCAAGUAAUUCUGUAAGAAGUACAGCUUCUUCUGAGAGUUCAUGGGAUGGAUCAUCUGUAAAGACGAAGUCGGCAAGGGAAAAGAGAGGGAGGAAGACCUCGACUACUGUGGCAUCUGUAGUUCCUGUGAAAGGUAAAAGUAUAAAUGAAAGCUCCUCCAGCCAGGUGGAUGAUGACAGCAAAGAGUGGAGCUCCCAGUUAUCAACUAGUCCUGAGAUUGUUGAAAGAGGCUUGGGGCCUCCAGCUACUGGUGUCUCAAUGCAUCAGGUUCCUGGGUUUGAGUUGGCGCAAACAAGUGGAUCUGAUCCAGUAGUGCCUAUUCCUCCAGUGCUAUUGGGUCAUGGUGCACGAUUUUAUCCUACAGGACCUCCUGUUCCAUUUGUUACAAUGCUUCCCAUUUAUAACUUCCCAGCUGCAGAGAGGGGAGCUUUUGAGGCCUCAAUAAGUUCAGAGGAGGGCAUGAAUAACAUUGAUCCUUUUCAGAAUGGUGAUUUACUUGAGGGACAUCAUUAUCAGUCUGAAGUUCCAAGUCCUAGUAGUACUUCGAUGAGAGUUGCUGCCUCACUUGAGGCAUUUGAGCACAAGUCUGACAUCCUCAAUAGUGAUUUUGCUAGUCAUUGGCAGAACUUGCAAUAUGGACGGUUUUGCCAGACUUCACGGCUCCCUACUCCAGUUGUCUGUCCACCUGUUGCGGUACCACCUGUACAUUUACAGGGUCGUAUCCCAUGGGAUAGUCCUGGAAGACCUGUUUCGCCAAACAUGAAGCUUCUCAGUCAGCUAAUGGGUUAUGGACCCCGUAUCCUUCCAGUUGCUCCCUUGCAAGCUGUUUCCAGUAGACCUGCUGGUGUCUAUCAACAUUAUGUCGAUGAGGUGCCAAGAUAUCGCGGUGGAACUGGAACCUACCUUCCAGACCCUAAAGUGUCAGUCAGGGAUCGGCAUACCACAAACUCUUCCAGAAAGGCGAACUAUAACAACUUUGAUAGAAUUGAGCACCAUGGUGAUUAUCGAGAAGGGAACUGGAAUACUUCGAAGUCAAGAGCCUCUGGGCGCAGUCACAGUCGCAACCAAGCUGACAAGUCAAGUAGUUCAAGGCUGGACAGAUUAUCAGGCACAAGUGGGGGCAGCAGAUCAGAGAGGACAUGGGUCUCACACAGACACGACAACCCCACUUCUCCUGCCGAACAGAUUGAGUUUGGUUCCCUUGGGCCUAUGGGGUUUGUCGAGAUGUCACAUUCUAAUGAGGACCAAAGACUUCAUAGCAGCGCAGCAGCUCAACUGUCUUCAACAGAUCAGCCUUCUUCUCCUUACUAUCUUCAGAGGUAGUUUACAAAAUCCUAACCGUGUCAUGUCUCACCGGCAGUUAAUAGCUGUGCAAGAUUUCUGGAUUGGAAGUCUGUUGGUCGUCUGUCUGCCCGACAAUGUCCUUGAGGUCUACAUGCUUUGGUGACAUUGUGGUCUAUUGGAGAAGGAUGAUUUCACACAUCUUGUUAGGAACGGGGACAGAGGGACGAUUUCAUAUGAUUGUGCAGCGCCCCUACUCAGCUGCACAAGAAGCUCCUUGCCUGCUCCUACCAGAGUAAUGGUUUCGUUGCUCCUCUCACCCCACUCAAUAUGAUAUGAGCCGGAGACUUCAGUUGGGGUAUUCAGCGCCUUACAGCCUGUAGUUCUUUGCUGCUGUUCCUUUUGCAGCUGUCUCUGUGCAUUUAGAAGCUUGGCUUUUUUCGAACUUUCCCUGUUUACGAAAGUAGUAGACGAGGAAAAGUAACAUGGUUGUGGUGAAUGAGCCACCACCACCAUUGCAGUAGGAGCAUGGUAAUUGUUGAUUUCGUUACUUCGAUUAGUUCUUUUAUUUCGAACACGAAACUGGUAGGUCUCUGGGAAGAAACGGAAUGUAACUUUCACUGAUGUAGAGGACACAUGAAUGCAGGUUUAGAAAUAGGUGGUUGGAGUUAAAUCCUCUGCUGAAGUCGAGCUUUUCCCGUCAGUAAGUUGGUGAUUCUGUUCCCACAUGAUGGAUGGUGUUGUAUUAGGGGGUUUUGAUACGUUAGUUGAAGUCGAGCUCGAGUAUAUGAGGUCUGCCUCUUUCUGAUCAACAAUAGUUUAGAAUGUAGUUAAAUAGUAAAUACAAUGAUCACUCCUGCGAACAGAAAUGAAACUACUGCUGUUUAGUUCUACCUGCUUGUUCAGCUAUUAUAUCUGCUUUGAUAUCUUGAGGCCUUAUGGAGUCCUCCCAGUGCUUUAACUGGAGCAAGUUCCCUGCUGUUAAUUUUGAUGAGAUCUUGUGCUGAACUUCUGCCAAGGAAACGACUGAACUGGGUGCAGGGAUGAUUUAAUGGGUGUGAUUGACCUUCUUUACUCUUGAUGGGAUUCAUGGUACUGUUUGUAAGUUGGAGAGAACAGACAAAAACUGGAGAAAAGAAUUAUAGAGUGUCAUUUUCAACUCAAGCCACGAAUUCCUAACUGCAGUUGGAGGUUGCAGCUCUCUACAUGAAACCGUAUGACGAAAAGGAAGAAAUAAACAUUGUAUAUAUAGUGGAUAGUAGCGAGACUUAAAUAGGUAUAGGUUGGCUGCUUCGCUCGCCAGAAUUUCUCUUAUUUAACUCAGCUAAAUAAAUUUCAUUAGGCAUUUCUAUAUAAUCGAAUCCGAAGUCUAGACUUGGCUAGUGCAGAUGAUUUUUCCCAUAUGUUCUUGUUUUUUUUUGUGGUUUUUUCAUUAGGAAAUAACACAAAAGGGAUCAUUUGAGCAGUUUGUUAGUUUUCAGUUGGAUGAGGAAUCAAAAAAUCUCUGGUCUAAACUACGUUUUCUCAUACAGUUGGUCUAGAUUCUCAUUUAUAAUCUCGUUUGAUAUGAAAUACUUUUGGCAAAAAAAGUAUGCAUUUAGUAAUUACUUGCAUGCAUUCAAACAAUAAUGAUUGCAUUUGUUUGAUCUGGUAUGAAUGCAUAACAUAAAUCCAACAAAACCAAAAAAUUUAAAAUGCACACAAAUAAUUGCGGACCCGGUAC